AUGUUUUUGAAAGGACGAGCCGGACAACAACAACAAGAUGGGUCUUUGAGUGCUCUGCCAGCAAGUGAAACAUCAACAACAACAACAAAUUCAUCAUCAUCAUCGGCCAAUCAAACAGAAUCAUCUUCUCUUCAUGACCUUCUCUAUGGAAAUCCAAGUAAAAUAACGGAACCUAUAAAACAAGUGGAAGAUAAGUGGAGGCUGUUGCCUGCCUUUAUGAAAGUGAAAGGCUUGUUCAGACAACACAUCGAUUCAUUCAACUAUUUUAUCAAUGUAGAUAUUAAAAAGAUAGUACAGGCCAAUAAUAUGAUAACACCCGAUACCGAUGAUAGAUUCUAUAUUAAAUAUAAUGACAUUUAUAUUGCCAAGCCUAGGUUAGAUGAGGUUGCAGAUUCUAUAGAGUUAACUCCUCAAUUGUGUAGAUUGAGAGAUUUAACCUAUGAUGCUGAUAUCAUUGUUAAUAUUGAGUAUCCGCAAGUGGUUGGAAAUGAAGUUUUAAUCAAGUCUGAGGAGUUACCCAUUGGAAGAAUGCCAAUUAUGCUUCAAUGUGAUAGAUGUGUUCUCUUUGGCAAAGAUGAAAAAGAGUUGGCCAAGUUGGGAGAAUGUCCACUUGAUCCUGGUGGCUAUUUUGUUGUAAAGGGAGUAGAAAAAGUUUGUCUCAUUCAAGAACAAUUAUCAAAGAACAGAAUUAUUAUAGAUUUGGAUAAAGACAAACAAGUAAUGGCCUCUGUGACCGGAUCUACACAUUACAGAAAAUCAAAAACUAACAUCAUCAUCAAGCAUGAGAGAUUUUAUUUGGAUCAUAACAGUUUUACUAAAGACGUACCAAUAAUUAUUGCAUUGAAGGCAAUGGGUGUCGAAAGUGACCAAGAAAUUAUUCAGCUUGUUGGAAGCGACAGAAAAUAUAUUGACGCGUUAGGUCCCUCUUUUGAAGAAUGUAUUAGAGAGGGAGUUUUUUCUGCAGAUCAAGCUGUCGAAUGGAUGUCUCGAUAUUUGAAACCUUCAGACUUUAGAAAAAACAAGUCCAAGACGGAAGAAACAAGAGAAAUUUUAUCAAAUAUUAUUUUAUGUCACAUUCCAGUUUACAAAUUCAAUUUUAAAAUGAAAAUUGUAUAUUUUGCAAUCAUGCUCAAGAGAAUGAUUGAUGCAAUUCAUGACGCCAGCAAUAUCGACGAUAAGGAUUACUAUGGUAACAAGAGAUUGGAAAUGGCAGGUCAAUUACUAUCUCUCUUAUUUGAAGAUUUAUUUAAAAAAUUUAAUGAUGAGAUUAAAAAGACAUUAGAAAAGAAAACUGGAAGGCGAGGAAGGAGAACGAUAUCAACACCUCACGAGGAUAUUGCAUCAAUUUUCAGUACCAAUAGCAGUAAGAUUACUGAAGGUCUCAAAAACUCCAUCUCUUCAGGUAACUGGAACGUGCAAAGAUUCAAGAUGGAACGGGCAGGUGUUACACACGUAUUGAGCCGUCUCUCAUUUAUUGCUGCAUUAGGUAUGAUGACAAGAAUCAGUUCUCAAUUUGAAAAGACAAGAAAAGUUUCAGGUCCGCGAGCUUUACAACCUUCACAAUGGGGUUUGUUGUGCCCGAGCGAUACACCUGAAGGUGAAGGAUGUGGUCUCGUUAAAAACUUGGCUCUUCUCACUCACGUCACUACCGAUGAUGAAGAAGAACCUAUUAUUCGAUUAGCUUAUAAUUUAGGAGUUGAAGAUAUUAACUUAAUCAGUGGAGAAGAAUUGAACCAUCCAAGUAGUUAUGUAGUUUUUUUGAACGGUCUCAUCCUAGGUAUUCACAGAUUCCCAUCUCAAUUCACGAAAUUAUUUAGAAUGUUGAGAAGAGCAGGUAAAAUUCACGAAUUCGUUUCCAUUUUCAAGAAUGAUCUCCACAAAGCCAUCUAUAUUGCAAGUGAUGGAGGUAGAGUGUGUCGACCAGUAAUUAUUGUAGAAAAUUCCAAGCUCAAAGUCACUCAAAAACAUCUCAAUGAGUUGGCAGAAGGUAUUCGUACAUGGGAUGACUUUUUGAAAGAAGGGCUCAUUGAAUAUCUUGAUGUGAACGAAGAGAACAACUCUAAUAUUGUUUUCAGAGAAGAAGAUAUCAAACCAGAGACUACUCACUUUGAAAUCGAGCCAUUCACAAUUUUGGGAGUUUGUGCAGGCCUAGUUCCAUAUCCUCAUCACAAUCAGUCACCUCGUAACACUUAUCAAUGUGCUAUGGGUAAACAGGCCAUGGGUGCCAUUGCAUACAAUCAAUUCAAUCGUUUAGAUACACUGUUACUCUUACUCGUUUAUCCACAAAAACCCAUGGUCAAGACUCGUACAAUUGAAUUGAUUCAAUUUGAAAAAUUGAACGGAGGUCAAAAUGCAACCAUUGCUGUCAUGUCAUACAGUGGUUAUGACAUUGAAGAUGCUGUUGUUGUGAAUAAGGCAUCCAUCGACAGAGGUUAUGGACGUUGUAUUUAUCUGAAGAAAUAUGUGACUGAAUUGAAGAAACACCCUAAUGGAGCUGAAGAUGUGUUACAACCUCCACCCCUUCAAGCCAUUGUGAGCACUGCUAAUAAUGGUGUAGAGAGUGCUCUCGAUUCCAAACGUCUGAAAUCGUAUCAGAGACUGGAUGCUGAUGGUUUGAGUGCUGUUGGUGAGAGAAUUUACCCUGGUGACAUGUAUGUGAAUCGAUUUAUUGUUGCAACCCAGAGCAGUCAAGACAUUUUAGGAUCAAUGAAUCAACAACAACAAAUGCAACAGCAACAAAUUCAACAACAGUACAAACCCUCUCCAUCCUUCUAUAAGGGCCCAUGUAGUGUCUAUGUCGAUCAAGUACUCAUUACUCCCAAUCAUGAUCGAGGUGGUUAUUAUGUGAAAUAUUUAUUAAGACAAACACGUAGGGCUGAAUUGGGAGACAAAUUUUCAUCUCGUCACGGUCAGAAGGGAGUCUGUGGUAUCAUUGUGGAUCAACAGGACAUGCCAUUCAAUGAUCAAGGAAUAUGCCCUGACAUGAUUAUGAAUCCUCAUGGUUUCCCAUCUCGUAUGACUGUCGGUAAAAUGAUUGAAUUAAUUUGUGGCAAGGCGGGCGUUCUCGACGGAAGACAAGGCUAUGGAACUGCAUUUGGAGGUGAUCGAGUUGAAGAUAUUGGUAAAACACUCAUUCGACAUGGUUUUUCAUAUUGUGGAAAGGAUAUUCUCACAAGUGGAAUCACUGGAGAGACCAUGGCAUGUUAUAUUUAUUUCGGACCUGUGUAUUAUCAAAGAUUGAAACACAUGGUCUUGGACAAGAUGCACGCUCGUUCCAAAGGACCUGUCAGAAUUUUGACAAGACAACCAUUGGAAGGUAGAUCUAAAGAAGGUGGUUUGAGAUUGGGAGAAAUGGAGAGAGAUUGUUUGAUUGGUUAUGGAGCAAGUGCUCUUUUAUUGGAACGGUUAAUGUUGUCGAGUGACGAAUAUAAGGUUCAUGUUUGUGAAGGUUGUGGUAUGAUUGGAUAUAUGGGAUAUUGCAAUUAUUGUAAAUCAAAGCAAAAUAUGUCUCUAUUACCAAUGCCUUAUGCCUUCAAAUUACUCAUUCAGGAAUUACAAGCGAUGAAUAUUUCUCCAAAACUCAAAUUGGCUCCUUUCGAAAAGUAA